AUCCAAUUAUGUUUAUAAAGGUCAAAAGUAGCUAAAUUGACAGUAUGUGAGCACUUCACAGUUAAAAGAGAAAGUGUAAAAAAGUUAAAAGGUAGCUUAAAUGUUUUUGUGACUGAAAUUGAUAACUUUGUUCCCUAGCUUUUAUCAAGUAAAGGUGACUCCAUUUCCCCCCAGUUUAAUAGCAAAUGAUGUUACAAAAACAAAUGACUAUGACUUUUGAUGGCAAAACUUGUUUUCUUGGAAAAUUUGAGCACAUGUGACUCUAUUAUGAAGCUUGACAUAUGAUCACACACACAUCAUUUGGGUCUUUUGCUCAUGAGAAAGCAGGUGACUUUCCUAUUGUAUUGGUUGCCUCUUAGAAGAGCAGUUAUAAAGAUCACAAAGCCACUUCAGCUUCCUCUUAGCAUGUGAGAUGAAAGGAUUUAGAGUCUGAGGUUUGAAGGAGGAUGUAUGUUAUUUACCUUUAUCAUACAAACAUCUCUCAGAAAUCAACAGAAAAAUAACGCUGCCCUUUUAUGAUUCACUGAGAUGGUACAUUCACACAACCUGCAGUUAUCAUAGCUGGUUGAUCUAAAAAAUAUAGUUCCUGAAAUUCCAGUUCAUUUUAUACUAGAGAUUGUGGUUGUCUGCAGUGAUCAGUUAAUGAGCUGUUCUGAUCAUCACUGUGCUCUACAAGAUCAAGAAUUCAGGUAAGUCAUUUAUGUAUUCAUUAUAACUUCACUUGUUUCCUUAGAGACUGUAUUAAUGUUUGCAUUAGGAUUGUAUUAAAUCUCUCUAUACUUUCAAAAAAAUUUUUUUUGAAGUUGUAAGUAAAACAAAGACUACUGGACCAUGUUUUACAAGAAAUCAGCAUAACUUACCGUUUCUUUGUAAUUAUUUCUAAACUUUACAAGGAAAUUCUAAGUGAAACGAACAGCAAAGACCUGGACCGAUCUGUUCUGGCUAGUUUGUGACUGCGGAACAACAUGACUGAGGAGUAUACUGACAUUUCCUACUACAUCGAUGACUAUGAAGACCAGUUGUGUCGCAAAGAGGAGGUGGUAAAAGUCGGAUCUAUUCUCAUUCCGCUCUUUUUCACAGCAGUGGUUGCAUUGAGCUGCAUUGGUAACAUCUUCAUUCUGGUUUUCCUUGCACUCUACAAAAGCUUCAGAUGCCUGACCAAUGUCUUCAUCCUCAAUUUAGCUGUGUCAGAUCUGCUGUUCACUUUUGGACUUCCAUUUUGGGCAUCAUACUAUAUUUCUGGUUGGACAUUUGGAGACGUUGGCUGUAAAGCUGUGAAGUUCUUCUUCUAUGUGGGCUUUUACAGCAGCGUGUUGUUCUUGACUCUAAUGACCGUUCAGCGUUACAUGGAAGUGGUUCAUCCUCUGUCUGACUGGGACUGGAGCAGAGGCCUUUCUCUGUCUCCUUAUAUCGUUUGGAUCCUGAGUGGAACGGUUGCACUGCUCGGUUCACUUCAUAGUGAAGUCAUGAUAGAAUCUGGCAGUAAAUACUGUGAAUAUGGCAGCAUUGAAUGGAAAUCUGGCAUUGCUUAUUUUCAAAAUGCUUUUUUCUUCAUUGCAUUUGUAAUCAUGGGUUACUACUAUGGCAAAAUGCUUCGGACGAUCACAAAAUCACCGACUAAGAAGAGACACAAGAAUGUUAGACUAACAUUUUUUAUUGUGGUGGUGUUUUUUAUCGGUUGGGCUCCAUAUAACAUUGUUAUGUUCUUAAAAUCUUUGACCUUCCAUCCAUUCACAGUCUGUGAAGUAAGCAUAAGACUUGACUAUGCUUAUUAUGCUUGCCGAAUGUUAGCUUUCUCCCACUGUUGCAUAAACCCUGCGAUUUUAGUUUUUGUAGAUACAAAGAUUUGUAAUACUUUACGAAAAUUUUCAAGGAGGAUGUUUUGUGUAAAGACUCAAGUAUGUGAAUAAAUAUAAAUUCGUAUUUUUGUUACGCUUGGCAAGAUAACAGAGACUUGAGAGAAAAGAGGCUUUAAGUGCUUAAAGGAAUAGUUCAUCUGAAAAAGAAAAUUUGCUGAAAAUGUACUCACCCCCAGGCCAUCCAAGAAGUAGAUUGUAGUUUGUAGUAGAAGUAGUCUGUUUUUUUCAUAAAAGCAGAUUUGGAGAGUUUUUAGCAUCACAUCACUUGGUCAACAAUGGAUGAUCUGCAGUGAAUGGGUGCCGUAAGAAUGAGAGUCCACACAGCUGAUAAAAACAUCACAAUAAUCCACACCACUCCAGCCCAUCAAAGUGAAAAGUUUCCUCAUGAGAAAGAAAUCCAUCAAGACAUUUUUAACUUUAAACUGCUGCUUUCACCUAAAAUAUGACGACUUUAUCAAUAUUAUUAUUUUGGCCAGUUGAACAAACCAUCCUGUCUGAAUCAGGAGAGAAAUAUUCGCAGAUCAAGCACAGUUUAAAAGCAAAAAUGAUCCAAAGCAAUCCUAAACUAAUAUGUCUGUGGAUUUUGAUGUGAGAGAAGAACAGGGGAUGGACUUUUUCACUUCAAGAAGCGUUAUUAUGGAUUACGGUCGGACGUGAUGGUUUAAAGUUAAAACGUCUUAAU